AUGUUCACCGUCACUGUCGUCCUUACCAAAGUGACCGUCGGUAAGACAUUUUCCUUCUCGCAGAAGCGGUUGUAGAACCUCAGAUAUUCUUUGUUAUCACACUUAUCUCCGUUGUGUUCAUAAACAGUAGGUGCUCUUCCUUCACUGUAUCAUCUUGAGAUCAGUUGGAUGUUCCGUUGUUCAGGGAAGCACAUUCGGCAUUUUAUCAAUGCUGCCCGAAUCAAAUGCUCGGGGAUUUUUAGAGGGACAGGUAUGUUUAAGGAUUAAUUAUGCUACUUAAUUAGAUAGAAUAUUUGUUAUAUACGGGAAAAGAUUUUGGGCUUUUCAAUAUUAAUGUGUCGAUGUCCUACGUAGGACGUACGUCUCUUCUAAACACUUCAGCAAGUAAAACGUAGUCAGAGGACAUUUUUUCUGUCCAAUAAAAGUUUAACUGUUUAAUAUUUUGAUAUUUUAAUGCUAAUAAUUCGUUGCAGCAAUAAAAUAAAUAGAUUCAACCAGUUCAAAUUUUCCGUGUACUGACUAUUUUUCCUGAAACUGAAGGCCGUUGCGGGGAUAAGUGCUGCCGUGGCAAACAUAAUAACAAUAUCCGUGUCAGCAGACUGGACGAAUGUCGGCCUCAUAUAUUUCCUUAUCGCGGUCUUCAUCAUUGCCCUCACACUACUGCUAUAUGUCCUGCUAUUCCGCUCAGUAAGUGGCAACUAA